AUGACGUCACUACGUAAUAUUAUAACCGUGGAACCCGUGUGUCUACUCUUCGCAUGGUCUAUGUUUAUGCAAGGACCCAUUACGCAAAGCCUCAUAAUGAAAAAGGUCUGUGCCGAUUUGUACAACGAAACAGUAUGUACACAUCUUGGCCAGUACCCGGAUGCUGAGAACCAAGUACACUCCGUCUCCUCUCACUGGAUAUUCUUCACGGUUCUGGGAAUCUUGCCAAGUGUCGUUACGUCGAUGUUUAUUUGUUCCUGGAGCGACACAGUCGGGCGUAGACUGCCUAUGCUCAUACCGUCUUUCGGUGCUACUCUGGGUAGCAUAAUUCUAAUUCUAAGUUCUGUGUUCAUGCAUUUGCCAUAUCAGCUUAUAGUAGUAAAUAAUAUAUUAGUUGGACUGGGAGGUGGCUUCGGCACGUUGAACGCACUGACAAUGAGUUAUAUAACAGAUAUCACAGACACAACGAAUCGAACCAAGCGAAUCGGAAUUGUGCAUGCCAUGAUUUUCCUUGGCGGUACGCUUGGACUUGUAACCGGCGGAAUCGUACUGGACAAAUUUGGAUAUGCCGCAGUCUACAUCCUAUACCUGUCCCUACACCUUUCUUUACAAUUGUAUGUCAUCAUGUGGAUUAAAGAAUCUCUCCAGUCCAAACCGCAUGAUGGCGCUAGUGGCGAACCACAAAAAGUGCGAUGUGGUGGACUGUGCAAUUUGGAAAACCCUAGAAGAGUUUUUAGUGUAACUUUCAAGAAAAGGAGUGGAAACAAACGAAAACAUCUUCUCAUUCUUAUCUGUAUCAAUAUGCUAGUUAUAUUAUGCGUGUCAGGACAAAUGGAUCUGAUUGUGUUGUUUACUAAACACAGUCCUCUUUCCUGGUCUGGUUCGCUGAUUGGUUCAUAUCUUGCUACAAACAACAUUCUCACGUCUCUCUCAUUAUUGGUGGUUUUUCCAAUAUACAUGAAAUGUACAAGUGAAAAGACAAGAUUGCACGAUAUCACAUUGGCCCAGAUUGGAUUUGGAUUUCAAGUUAUUGGCUUCGUUAUCGUUUCUAUCGCCGUGGUAACUUGGAUGAUGUUUGCAGCUUCGCUGGCAAAUUUGGUUUCAGCAUUACCAAUGGUCGUUUUACCAUCCCUGCGUUCACAGUUGGUCUCUCCUCAUGAGAUGGGUGACGUCUUGGAAGCCUUGGUGGAGCAACCGGAUUCCGAGGAAGAGAUUACCAACUGA